AUGGGGAAACUCUUCUUGCAGUUUGGCAAACAUCAUUCGGCAGCACUACAAGAACUCAUAUUACCUCUAUGUAACCACUGGAGUUCGUCGGUUUGCCGACACAAGGACUGUAAUUUAAUUCGGCGAUGCCAGGUGAGCCCAAAUUGGAUCGGCAAUCUCCGCUCCCCACACAGGACUGGCGAAGCACGCAAGGCGGUGCUCCACUCGACCCAAGCCUCUCUGCAACGAAUCUGCCAGACAAUAGAUCUGCAGACUCUAGCCAAUCUUUCCCGGGAUUAUCCCAUGGAGCCUUUGGGCCCCACGAGAAAUAGUCAACCUGCCAGGGAGCUAUUCUAA